AUGGCCAAAGAAAGCGAGAACCCCCUCAAUCCUAUCACUCCUCGAAAGCCAAAUGACGAUCCACGUCGUCAGAUCUCUCAACACCCCGAAUUUGGGAGACCUUCGCCAAUAGGCCCGGCGCACCCUCCAAACCCAAACCAACGCUCGAACCAUCCGUUCAAUAUACCCAAGCCGAACAGGGGACGGCCCGAACAUCAUAGACCGCCGCCUCAGCCUCAACAACGGCCCCAAUACCCCCACCAGGGUCACCGACAGAUCGCUACCCCAGGAGCCGGGGUAUCUACUCCGAGACGUGGCGAAGCGUUCGAUCCUUUCAAGCCCGUCCGACCUUCUGCCUACAACAACAAUCGGUUCUCUCGCCCUGUCAACAACGAUGUCUUCCAGAUCAAACGCCCCGAAAACGUUACCUUCUCCACGCCGAAAGCCCCCAAGACGUUUUACGCCUCCUCGGCCAAACCUUCCGCAAUGAAAAUGAAUCAUGCCUCCAAGAAUUUGCAGAACUUUGUGGAUCUUACUGGGGAGGGGAGUUUUACACCAAGCGACCGACCACGCAAUGUAGGAUUUGGCUCCACGGACACCUAUGGUUAUGUGGAUACAGCCAAGGCCAACGAGAACAUCAAGGCGUUGCUUGAAGGGGCUUUCGAGGAAGAAGACGGAUCUAAGUCCUCGAAAUCAAAAGACAAAAAGAAGAACAAGAAGAACAAGAAGGGCAAGAAAGAGAAGAAAGACAAAACCAAGGACGAUAAAGAUCAGAGCAAAGGCGAAAAGAAAGAGACUGCUGAUAUCGAUGAUUUGACUGCCCAAUUGCAGGGAGUGACAGUUGCGGAACCCAGGCCGACGAGCGAUGAUUCCAGCAGCGAUUAUGACGUUGAGGCGCCAGUCUCAAAGGCAUCGACUGGGGAAAUUGGUAACAACAAAGCCGCCAAAGAGGACGAAGAUGUCGAAAGUGACCAGGACGAUGAGAACGAUGACGAAGAAGAGGAAGAGGAAGAUGAAGACGACGGUACAGUAGAGGGCUUGAAAGUAAAGCUUCUACCUCAUCAACGUGAAGGAGUGAAUUGGAUGAGGGACAAAGAAACCGGCCAGAGCAAAGCCAAGGGCGUUCUUCCGAAGGGUGGUAUCCUCGCGGACGACAUGGGUCUCGGAAAGACUGUUCAAGCUAUUUCACUUCUACUCACGAAUAAAAAACGCGAGGAUGGGCGCCGACGACCCGUUGACCCGGACGAGUCCGACGACAGCGACGAUGAAGAUAGCGAGAAUAGCUCGAAACUGCCGCCUGGGCUAAGCAAAUCAACCCUGGUCGUUGCGCCUUUGGCUCUUAUCAAGCAAUGGGAAGCAGAGAUCAAUGACAAGGUGGAAACAUCCCACAGACUUCGCGUGUGUGUCUAUCACGGAAACACCAGAGCAAAGGCAACAGACAACCUCGAAAAUUACGAUGUCGUGAUCACGACCUACGGCACGCUGACUUCUGAACAUGGAGCUUCCGACAAGAGCAACAAGAAAUCGGGUCUCUUCUCUGUGUACUGGUACCGAAUUAUACUGGAUGAAGCCCACACCAUCAAGAAUCGAAAUGCAAAGGCCACACAAUCUGCCUAUGCCUUGGAUGCGGAAUACCGGUGGUGUCUAUCGGGGACUCCGAUGCAAAACAAUCUCGACGAGCUGCAGAGUCUAAUCAAAUUUUUACGCAUCAAGCCGUACAACGACCUAGCGGCCUGGAAGGACCAAAUUACGAAGCCAUUAGCCAAUGGUCGAGGGGGUCUGGCAAUCGAGCGUCUGCAGGUUUACCUCAAGGCAUUCAUGAAACGUCGAACUAAGGACGUUUUGAAACUCAAUUCUAACCUCAAACCCGGCGAAAGUGGUGAGGGGAAGAAAUCCUCCGGUUUCCAAAUCACUAAGCGAGAGGUCAUUAAGGUUGCUGCCGAGUUUAUGCCUGGCGAAUGGAACUUCUACAAGCGUCUGGAACAGCGGACGGAAAACAGCCUUGAGAAGAUGAUGGGCGAGAAAAUGGACUAUGCCGGCGCUUUGGUCCUGCUGUUGCGUCUCCGGCAAUCUUGCAACCAUCCUGACUUGGUGAAAAGCGAUCUUGCCAAGGACAAAGAUGUUCUUUUGCAAAAUGGCGCCUCGGGCAGUCAACUUGCGCCAGGAAAGCAGGAUGAUCUCGAUAGCAUGGCCGAUCUCUUCGGGGCGCUUAGUGUGAUGUCGAAGAAAUGCGACGUCUGCCAGACGGGUUUGAGUAAGGAUGAGGCAGCAAGUGGUGCUAGCAGGUGUGGCGACUGUGAGACGGAUAUUAAAGAUACGCUCGCAGGAAACCGCAGUGGCAAGAAAAAGAAGAGCUCCCGCAAGCAUUCAAUCGUGGACCUUACUGACUCGCCAUCGGCCAGUCGCUCAGAAGCCAAGACGGCUCGUGCUCAAAGGAACCGAAGAAUCAUUGUCGAUAGUGAUGAUGAGGAAGAGGAUGAUGGAGAGUGGAUUGUACCCGAAGGGAAGCGGUCGGCUCCCAACUUUGGAAAGGCCGGAGGUUCGGAUGAUGAAAACGCAGAAGGAGGCGGCGAGUGGCUUGUUUCAGAAGAUUCAGAAUCUGACGAUGAUGAUGGACCCGAAUCACCCACUGCCAACCGCAUGAGCUCAAAGAUUCAACACCAAGAAAGCGACUCUGAGGAUGACAUUUAUCUGAACCCGGGAGAUGAUGAAAACCAAGUUCUACCCUCGACAAAGAUCAAGCAUUUGAUGAAGAUUCUUAAUCGAGAGUCGGCUGAUCACAAGUUCAUUGUUUUCUCCGUCUUCACUUCGAUGCUUGACAAGAUUGAACCCUUCCUCAAACGAACGGGGAUUGGAUUCGCGCGGUACGACGGCGGCAUGCGCAACGAUCAUCGAGAAGCUAGUCUCAACAAGCUUCGAAACAAUAGCGGAACGCGAGUCCUACUUUGCAGUUUGCGAGCCGGUGCAUUGGGACUGAACCUGACUGCAGCGAGUCGUGUGGUCAUUUUGGAACCGUUUUGGAAUCCUUUCGUCGAAGAACAAGCCAUUGACCGUGUCCACCGUCUCAACCAGACCGUGGAUGUCAAGAUCUACAAGAUGAUCAUCAAGGAUACGGUCGAAGAGCGUAUCAUUGACCUCCAAGAUCGCAAGCGAGAGUUGGCCAACGUCACCAUUGAAGGCAAGACUGCCGCCGCCAAGCUUACGAUGAAGGAUAUGAUGGCGCUCUUUGGUCGGGAUGCAGAGGCACGGUACAACGGCGACGGGGAAGUUGAUUUGGCACAGAAAACCAGACUUUUGACAUCAACGAACGAGAGCAGCCAUUCCGGGUCUCAGAAUGGAGAACGCAGCUCACAGGGUUCGUAUUCCGAUUCUCGCGACCGGCAUCGACAACCUGAAAAGCGCGCUUCCAAAUCAGAGGACUCGGUUUACGGACGGCGAUGGUAG